CGGGAGCGGCGGCGGCGGAGGAUCGCGCGGAGGGUGGUGGCCUGGGCCCACCGAGCCAUGGCGGCCCCGGAACCGGCGCCGAGGCGGAGCCGGGAGCGGGAACGGGAGGACGAAAGCGAGGACGAGAGUGACAUCCUGGAGGAAAGCCCGUGUGGCCGCUGGCAGAAGCGGCGGGAGCAGGUGAACCAGGGAAAUAUGCCGGGGGUUCAGAGCACCUUCCUGGCCAUGGACACAGAGGAGGGGGUGGAAGUGGUGUGGAAUGAGCUCCACUUCGCAGACAGGAAGGCCUUCUCAGCCCACGAGGAGAAGAUCCAGACGGUGUUUGAGCAGCUGGCCCUAGUGGACCACCCUAAUAUCGUCAAGUUGCACAAGUACUGGCUGGAUGCCUCUGAGGCCCAUGCACGGGUCAUCUUCAUCACAGAGUACGUGUCAUCUGGCAGCCUCAAGCAGUUUCUCAAAAAGACCAAGAAGAACCACAAAGCCAUGAAUGCCCGGGCCUGGAAGCGCUGGUGCACGCAGAUCCUGUCAGCACUCAGCUUUCUGCAUGCCUGCAGCCCUCCCAUCAUCCAUGGGAACCUGACCAGCGACACCAUCUUCAUUCAGCAUAACGGCCUCGUCAAGAUUGGCUCCGUGUGGCACCGAAUCUUCUCCAAUGCACUGCCAGACGAUCUCCGAAGCCCCAUCCAGGCUGAGCGGGAACAACUGCGGAACCGGCACUUCUUCCCGCCAGAGUAUGGUGAGGUUGCCGAUGGGACCACUGUGGACAUCUUCUCCUUUGGAAUGUGUGCACUGGAGAUGGCUGUGCUGGAGAUCCAGUCCAAUGGGGACACUCGCGUCACAGAGGAGGCCAUAGCUCGUGCCAGGCAUUCACUGAGUGACCCCAACAUGCGGGAGUUCAUCCUUUCCUGUCUGGCCCGGAACCCUGCCUGCCGGCCUUCUGCCCACAGCCUCCUUUUCCACCGAGUGCUCUUUGAGGUGCACUCCCUGAAGCUGCUGGCAGCCCACUGCUUCAUCCAGCACCAGUACCUCAUGCCUGAGAACGUGGUGGAGGAGAAGACCAAGGCCAUGGACCUGCAUGCAGUCUUGGCAGAGCUUCCCCGGCACUGCCGGCCCCCACUGCAGUGGCGGUACUCGGAGGUCUCUUUCUUGGAGCUGGACAAAUUCCUAGAGGAUGUCAGGAAUGGGAUCUACCCACUGAUGAACUUUGCAGCAACUCGGCCCCUGGGGCUUCCCCGCGUGCUGGCCCCACCGCCUGAGGAGGCCCAGAAGGCUAAGACCCCAACGCCAGAACCCUUUGACCCUGAGACCAGGAAGGUGGUCCAGAUGCAGUGCAACCUGGAGAGAAGCGAGGACGCGCCGCACUGGCAUCUCACUCUGCUCCUGGUGCUGGAGGACCGGCUGCACCGGCAGCUGACCUACGACCUGCUUCCAAGUAGGCCGGGCGGGGCCCCGGGAGGCGGGCGGCGACCCGGAGCGGCGGGCGGCGCGGCGGCCUCACGCCUCGCCCCUCGCUGUUGCUGUUGCCUCAGCCGACAGCGCGGAGGAUCUGGCUGCGGAGCUGGUGCACUACGGCUUCGUCCCCGAGGACGACCGGACGAAGCUGGCGGCCUUCCUGGAGAGCGUCUUCCUCAAGCACCGCGGGGCCCAGCCCUGACCCCGCGUCCAGCCGGGGGCUUCCACCUGUGUGCCCUGGAGCCAGUGAGGAACUGGGCCUGCAGAGGGGGCCAGGGAUGGGGCCCGCCCGGGGGUUAUAGUGCAGUGGCAUCAUCACAGUUCACAGGAACCUCAAACUCUUGGGCUCAAGCAUCCUCCUGCCUCAAUCUCCUGAAUAGCUGGGACUACAGGGCUGUCACAAUGACGAUGCAUCUGGAAGUCUAUGAAGAAGCGGUUCUUUUGUAACCUACAACUCGGGAGUCUGUGUAGACGGGUCCCGGGGGGAUAGCCGCUCUUUUUCCUGCCUCCCUGGUGAGCACCAG